UGCUCUGAGGGAGGGUCCAAGCCACCCACUGCUGCUGGAGAAGCCCCUUGGGCCAUAGUAAGCAUUAAUAAUGUCUUUCAUCUUUGAGUGUAUCUACAGUCGCUUCAGCAGUGUGCUCCAGUUCCUAGGACUCUACAAGAAAUCUGGAAAACUUGUAUUCUUAGGUUUGGACAAUGCAGGCAAAACCACUCUUCUACACAUGCUCAAAGAUGACAGAUUGGGCCAACAUGUUCCAACACUACAUCCAACAUCAGAAGAGCUGACAAUUGCUGGAAUAACUUUUACAACUUUUGAUUUUGGUGGGCAUGAGCAAGCAUGUCGGGCUUGGAAAAAUUAUCUCCCAGCAAUUAAUGGGAUUGUCUUUCUAGUGGACUGUGCAGAUCAUCCUCAACUCAUGGAAUCAAUGACUGAUGAAACAAUAUCCAAUGUGCCAAUCCUUAUCUUGGGUAACAAAAUUGACAGAACAGGUGCAAUUAGUGAAGGAAAACUCCGUGAGAUAUUUGGGCUUUAUGGACAGACCACAGGAAAGGGGAAUGUGACCCUGAAGGAGCUGAAUGCCUGCCCCAUGGAAGUGUUCAUGUGCAGUGUGCUCAAGAGGCAACACUAAGGCAAGGGCUUUCGCUGGCUCUCCCAGUAUAUUGACUGAUGUUUGGACAGUGAAAAUAAAAGUUUUACUUCUCUGGACUGAUCCUAUUCACAGCUUCCUCAUGAACUUUUCUAAUAGAACAAGGAAAACUCUCCGACCAUGUCUGACGUUGAGAAGCCAAGAGUCUCUGUCAGCUCUCUCAUCACCCAGUGGUGACAUGUGCUCUUCUCCACACUGUUGGGAGGUAAUGCUGCCCCAUGUGCUGGUGCAGGUCAGCACCCCAGGACUUGGAAGUGGCAGGAUUUGCCAGGUAGAGCUGUGUGCCAUCAUGGAGCACCUGGGAAGAAAAACACGUCUCACCACUGUGGGUGAUUUCAAAAGAAAGUGAUUCUGUUUUUUAAAGAAAGUGUUGUUCAUGUAAUUGGUGACCCUCUUAAUAACUUUCUGAG